UAAAAACGACGCCAUGUUUAAAAUUGGUAUGAGUCUGUUUACCGGUCAUUAUUUUCGAUACAUUUGCGAAGAAAAAUUGUUUUUCAAUUCAUACGCAACAAACAUAUUACGGUGUUUAUAAUUGCCCGUAAAGAUGAACAAUUUGCUAAACUACCGUGUAGUGACUGUAUGAGAGGUUUGCUGUAUUUGUAAGAUUUCCUAUAAAUACACGAAAUCCAAUGUCUAAUUUUUCACGGAAAUACAUACUGAGAUCGAUAACAACAACUGUGGCUUCACUGUAUUAAUUUAAUACUAUUUUAGACUCCAUUGAUAUGGAGCCAAUUACUAAAGUUCCUCUACCAUUAGAACCAAUAAAGUCAAAUCAAGUGGAGGACAGAAGAUUGUGGGUGGGCAAUUUAGAUUUAAGAAUUAAUGAGUACCAACUCCUAAAACUCGUCCAAAAACAUGGAACAAUUGAAAAGUUCGACCUCCUAUUCCACCGAUCAGGCCCACAAGCUGGUCAACCAAGAGGAUACGCAUUUGUUACCUAUAAAACAAUUGAAGAUGCAGAAGCAGCCAAGGAUGCUUUGCAUAACUUGAAAGUAGGAGCAAAAAAUAUUAUUGUCCGAUGGGCUCAUAGUGUGACAGAGUCUGACAUGGAUAAACCAAAACCAAAAAUAGACAUACCUGCUUUGGCUGGAGCUAAGAAAGAAGAUAAAAGAAUAAGUCGUGAAACAGCAAUUCAAGCGAUAGAAGCAAAGCUUAAAUUGAUGAAAGAAUCGGAAGAAGAAUUUGAACUAAAUAAACCUUUGAAUGGGUCACCUGUAAUACAUUUAUAUCAAAAACCAGAAAAUCCAAAACCGUCCACGUCGACCCGUUAUCAUAAUCGAAAUCACUAUCACAAUAAUAAGCCAUAUAACCGUUACAAACCUAGGAGAUAAUUUAAAUCCUUUUUUUUAUUUCAUAGUGUUGUGAUUAAAACUAAACAAUUUAUUUUUACCGACCAACAUUUGU